UGUAGCUGUAUGAAAACGCGCGGUGGGCUCCGCUUUAACAUUUAUUAAAGAGUUAUUUUCUCUCCCGUAUUUCAUUUUCUUAUUGAUCACCCACCCUCCCCAGACCAUCCGCGUCCCUUAAUUUUUCCAAGGGUUCUUCGUUCAUUGCCUUAAUAGUUGGGUUUUUGGUACCAGUGCACCCAAGGGAGGUCCGUACCUUCUGUCUGCACCAAACAGGAAAAAGCUCUCCAAUUUCUGCUGAUGCGGCAGCGUAGAGAAAUGGCCCGUGCGCUUAUUGCCCCUUAAUGUAUUCAGACCUCUCAAUCGCACCAUCAUAAUUUUCUACCGUUGUGCAGCGCGCGCGCGUCUGACUGUGCAGCUGGACUGGGGGUCAGCGGAGUGGCGGUUUCUCUCGUGCCGUAUCUUCGCGUUCUUCGCUUCCCUACCCUGCAGUCGCUUAAAGCUCGUUUCUCGCUCGCCUGCCUAAUUAUGAUUUCAAACAACCUGCAUCUGCAUUUGGCUUCCACCUCCAAGACUCACGCGCCUACUCGAGUCUUGGAUGCUCCGAACGACCAACGUUAGAGACCAAUGACACCGAAAUGCCACGGACGUUUAGAAGAAAAAUAUAGUCUAUCAAUAUUUCAGGUAAGCUCGAGCAGAGCACGUUGUAAAGUGAUAGCCAUAUCAAAAAGGAUCAGGCGGCGCAAAGUUAUAGCACUAUCUGAAGCUGCUGCCGGACUGGACACAUUCCUACACAGUUUUCUUCGAAAUAAGUGGGUGACAGGGACAGCAGCAGCACGCAGCAGUGGCGGAGUGAAGCAAUGGCCGUGUCAGCGAGAAACGCAGGGGGGCCGCACUGAGGCGUAGCGAGCACUCCCCGGCAGGGGGGACCGAGGCGCACCGCGGAAGGGGCGAAAUAGGAGAGCAGAACUGCGGGAGAAACUGGAUGCCCGUUCAGCCGGGCUGAGCGAAAAUCCCUCAUCCGGCGCCCUGCUCGGACUCCAGCCUCCGGUAUGACCGUCGUGCCCGGAGAUAACAUGGACGAGACCUCGACUUUGCCGGGGAACCCGCAGGACACCUACCCCCCGGACCACGGAGACCACGAAUGCUGUGAGAGGGUGGUCAUCAAUAUUGCGGGACUGCGCUUCGAGACGCAGCUCAAAACGCUGGCUCAGUUUCCUGAAACACUGCUGGGUAACCCCAAGAAACGGAUGCGGUACUUCGACCCCUUGAGAAACGAGUACUUCUUUGACAGAAGCCGUCCGAGUUUCGACGCAAUACUCUAUUAUUACCAGUCCGGGGGCAGGCUGAGAAGACCCGUCAAUGUUCCUUUGGAUAUGUUCUCGGAAGAGAUAAAGUUUUACGAGCUUGGGGUGGACGCGAUGGAAAAGUUCCGCGAGGAUGAGGGGUUCAUCCGUGAGGAAGAGCGCCCAUUGCCCGAGAAAGAAUUUCAGCGCCAAAUCUGGCUCCUGUUCGAGCACCCGGAGAGCUCCGGACCCGCUAGAGGGAUUGCUAUCGUAUCUGUGAUGGUCAUCCUAAUUUCAAUUGUCAUAUUUUGUUUGGAAACCCUACCUGAACUGAAAGAUGACCCGAUAGGCCACUACGAAACUGUGGGGAACACUACCUUCUAUUACAAACCAAAUAUCUUGACCGACCCUUUCUUCAUAAUCGAGACACUGUGUAUUAUCUGGUUCUCGUUUGAGUUGAUAGUGCGGUUUUUCGCUUGUCCCAGUAAGGCCGCCUUCUUCAAGAACAUGAUGAACACGAUUGAUGUCGUGGCAAUCAUUCCUUAUUUCAUCACACUCGGCACGGAGCUGGCGGACGACCAAGAGCCAGACGGCAAGGGAGAGGCGAAGGGAGAGCAGGCAACGUCUCUUGCUAUUCUCAGGGUGAUCCGUCUGGUCCGGGUGUUCAGAAUAUUCAAGCUCUCGAGACACUCCAAGGGGCUACAGAUUUUGGGACAGACCCUGAAAGCCAGCAUGCGCGAGCUGGGACUGCUAAUCUUUUUCCUGUUCAUCGGGGUCAUCUUGUUCUCCAGCGCAGUGUAUUUCGCCGAAGCGGAGGAGAAGGGGUCCUACUUCACCAGCAUCCCGGACGCGUUCUGGUGGGCUGUGGUAUCCAUGACAACCGUGGGCUACGGGGACAUGGUUCCCGUAACUAUUGGGGGGAAGAUCGUGGGUUCCCUGUGCGCUAUUGCCGGCGUAUUGACGAUUGCGCUGCCGGUGCCCGUAAUAGUGUCCAACUUCAAUUACUUCUACCACAGGGAGACCGAGGGCGAGGAGCAGGCUCAGCUUCUAAAUGUUAGUAAUCCGAACAUUGCGUCUGACUCCAAUUCUAGUCGCCGCAGUUCGUCUGCCGUCAGCAAGUCAGAAUACAUGGAGAUCGAUGAGGACAUAAAUAACAGCAUUGACAAUUUCAGAGAAGCCAACCUUAGAACUGGCAACUGUACGGUAGCCAAUCAGAACUGCGUUAAUAAAAGCAAGCUGCUAACAGACGUGUAGAACCGAAGCACCAGCAGCCGGUGGACUUAAGUGACACCAUGUCUCCUUGUAUAUAAUGUAUAACCCUAAUCCGAAUGCUUUAUUGACCUCGCUAAUGCGUUCUUGCAUUGCGAUUAUUAUCCUCAGCGACGUUAAAGAAAGAAGACGAUAAAAAAGAUACAAACGCUUUCAGAGUACAUGAAAGAUAAUAUUUUCAUUUAUUUUCAAAUGGGAUCCUUCAAGUUCGUUCAAGAGAAAUCGUUUUAACUAGGUUUAUUAAUACUAGCUCCCCUAACCGGGAUUGCCAUUAGUGUAUGUGUGUGUGUGUAUAUAUAUAUAUAUACAAGCUAUAUAUAUAUAUAUAUUCAGCACGAUUAUAACGAGAGAACCAGUGGUAUCGGUUCUGCAGCGAUAACAAGCAUCUGCAGCUAUCGAUCAACGUAUUCCCUCGCGCUAGGGCAUACUGUACCGCAACUGUACAGUCAACAAAAGUACUGCAUCAAAAAAAGCGACUGCUCCUUCACUGCGAAUUCACAGUGGACGUAGUUACGGGUUCGAGGAUAUCUGCAAUGCUGCUAUUCUUUCCGCAGAUGCAGGCAAUUUACAAUUCUGCAAGGUUGGUAAGAUGUCAUGCAGUUCAGAAGCAAGACAGCACAAUGAAGAAGAAAAAAAAACGAGUAAAAUGUUCGCAUGUUCAGAUACUCUUCUUUUUAAUAUUGGCAUGUGUGAGACAUUAUCUCAUAUGAUGGGAAAUCUAUCUUUGUUUGAUCCCAACUUUCAGAUUCCGUUCUCUCAUUUGCUUUCACCAAAAGUGCACUGGUUAUGUAUUAUCAAUGACUAAUAAUUUAAACUUAUUUAACUGCUGAAUGUUAAAUCUUAAGGGAACAGUAACUUUUGGUGAUCAUAGCAUGUCAAAAAUACUCAGCAUUAUGGCCUAAUCGACUAAGGUACUGUGUACCCUGGUACAAUAUAUUUAGUGCAUGACGUCAGUAUUAAACAGCUUGCGGUAAACUGAGAGACUUUAGAAGGAUCAGAUGACUUUCCUAGUUAUUGUUAAGGAGAUGAGAGGCUUCACGUCCUAAUUUUGUCUGAACUAUGACUCAAUAUAUCUAAGCCCAACAUUGGGGAAACUUGGCUUCUUAACAAAGGUAACAAAGAAGAAACAAUUAUACUGAAACACGUAUACUCCAUAGUUAGCACCGGUCAGCAUUACUGCAGAAUCGCAAUGCAUGAUGGACCUUCUCAGAACAAGGAAAUCUGAAAAUUAUUAGCCUAAUCAUGUAAAAGGUGCACACAUACUGCUCUGACUCUUAAAUCUUUAAUGGUUCUAAAAUAUAUAUCUAUAUUAUUCAGCACAUAAUGCAGAGGAAAAUGCAGCAAUUUUACUUAUAUUAGUUGCUAGUGCCUUUUAAACCUCUUACCCAUAGAAUCGUUGAAAGUGCCUCCCCGCGCAUCAUAACUACUCAGUUUUGAACAGGAGCAGAGAGGCGUUUCUCAUCACGCGACAGUGCAAAGUAGAGAGCAGCCAACCCACGCACGUCCCUUAGGCCCCAGGAGUGACAACUGAAAAAUACAGCCCGACGACACCGUCAGCAGGUGCAUUCUGGGAAGUUGUGUUAUUGUUAUGGUGGAGGAUGAUGCGGUUGCUGGGCAACACAAUCACACAAAAUAGCAAGGGGAAGGGGAGGAUUCUGGAUCCCGGGGAAGGGGGGGGAAGGGGGAGGAGCUUGAGUGGCAGAGAAUCCGGAAUCACGAGGCGAACAGUCCUGAGCGGAACAUUCCCGCCAAAAAGCCCUGCUCUCGUUUUCAACUCCAGGCCUCAGCAGGACUCCCAGCCACAGAACAAGACCCAUACAACCGACCAACCGGUCAAUACACCGCUGCAUCAGAUCCACCAUUUUUUAAAGAGUGCUCAACAUCCGCUCUACUUUUCAUUUUUUACAUUUUUUCUUAUGUCCCUCGGGACUUUGCCGUGACAAGCCUUUUCUGUUGUCUACCUCAGCCAGUCAGCGCACUGCUCCUUAUCCCACGCGUUAAACUGCAGCGCUCCUCAUCCCAUGUGUUAAAACCUUCAGUCUCUGCAUCGUCCGUGGUGAUAGUUUCUCUUCGACCCCUCACAUCAGUCAACUGCUAUGGAGCGGCUUGGGGAAAGCUGCCCGUGUGGAAUCACACACAGUACAAUCCCCACUUUCUCCCGGUCCCUUCAGCUGCGCACAGUCACCAGCCACGCAUAUCAGGCCCGAGCCGGAGACGGACGGACCCCCGAGCCCCAGCGAGACGAGGCGGACGCCCUGGAGGGGACAGGCCCCUCCGUCCGCCUCCGACAAACACCUGAGACUCGAGACUGGGGCGAUGUGUACAGCCCGUCCGACACGAACACGCCAACAACCUUUCCUCCGGAUGUUUGGGAAUGACAGAAGAAAAAGAAAUGAAAGAAAAAAAAAAAAAAAAGUUAUUUUUAUAUAUGGUUUUGUUAACAAUCAAACUUGUGUGCAAUCAGGAUUGUCGGAGUAGCCGGGGGGGGGGGGGGGGUUUAGAGUAUCUAUACGGACAUUUUAGUCGGCGGCUCUUAAGGUUUGUGUAGGUUUUACCCGAACAUCGCGAUGGACAAUGCUGACGCGCUGGAGAUGCACAGAACAGGUAGGCUGCCGCGGCAACGGUUCUCAGUGUUGCUAAGCGAUAACAGGGAAGAGACAGGACCGGGUGACACUUCCCUUCUAAAGACUCAGGAGUAGGUUAACCAGGCCGAGCAGCGGUGCGGGUGUACAGUGUUUUAGAAUACAGGCACAUGUGCUGUUCUGCUUGGGGACGCAGCUGAGUGGCUGAAAACACAGCGACAGAUCAAACUGGACUAAAUGCACAACUCCCACCCCGAGUGUGCAGCACGCACUGAGAGAAGCUGUUCAGAGUGUAGUGUGAGGUCUUCUCAAUUUGUUUUAAAUACAAAUUAAAAUGAAUGCCAGGAUAACUUCACAAUUCAUACGAUCAUAAAAGGCUUAGCCAGCUCCCGUAUCAUACUUUAUUUUAAUUUUUAUUUAUUUUUUAGUAGCAGUCUUAAGUCUUGUUUAAGAAUUCAUUUGAGAGCCCUAUCUGAAUGAAUAAAAACUACACUGGUUGUAAUUUAUUUGUUGGGUCUCCCAAA